AUGCGCAUCCGUUAUGCCGUACGGCUGCUCGUUUUCUUCCUUGCAAGUGCCAACUUCGUGAGAGCGUCGAUGGAGAACAAAAACAUUGCAAGUCCAAACGAGAUCUCAAGCAAUCGGGCGGCCGCCGCGACAAGAGUCCUAGAGUCCCAUAGCGCAGCAGAUAUACGCAAAGUGGACGAUAUCGACGAAUACGAAGAGCGAGGAGGGCUAUCCAAACUCGUCACGCUGGCUUCGAAGGUCAACCCAUCUGGAACCAAUGCAGUACUGUUGGGACUUAACAAGAGACCGGAUCGGGUUUUUACUCUCUUUGGUGUCGGGAAGAAGCUCGACAAUAAGCAGGAGGUAUUCAAUUGGCUGCGCUUUACCGGAAAAUAUCAGGCAAAACAUGGUGGUGAGGAUAGUUUUCCAAGCUCCAAUAUUCUGUCGCUAUUACGAAGUGGAGAAAAGGCGGAUGCAAAGCUGGCGCUACUCAUUCAAUCGGUCAAGCAGGUCCGAGACAUAAAGGAGCUCGGAAGAAAUAUGGAGAAAGCGCUGUACGGCGAAUGGUUUACCAAUAGCGACGGAAAUUUUAAACCCGUCGACAUCAAGAAACUCUUAGCUGAAACCGGCACUGCGGCGCCAUUGGCAAACGAUAUCGUGAAAAGCUUGAGGCGCUGGAAUUGA